GAGGCCGGUGUGACGCAUGCGCAGAUCGCUCAUCGGGCAGAUCUGUCCUGCUGUCAAGAUGGCGACAUCGGAACCGAAAACACCCGAAACUGAAGAGCCGCAACCACCACCGCAACUGCCCGACAACCCAGAACAAUAUAUCAAACACCCCUUGCAAAACAAAUGGGCCCUGUGGUAUUACAAAAAUGACAAGAGCAAAACCUGGACAGAGAACUUGCGUCUCAUUUUCAAAUUUGACACAGUGGAAGAUUUCUGGGCAUUAUACAACCACAUACAACAGCCCAGCAAACUUGGUUAUGGCUGUGAUUAUUGCUUAUUUAAGGAUGGAAUCAAACCCAUGUGGGAGGACGACAGGAAUAAAUUGGGGGGUCGGUGGCUGAUGACCCUCAACAAACAGCAGAGGCACAAUGACCUUGACCGCUAUUGGAUGGAAACGCUCCUGUGUUUAGUCGGCGAGUCGUUUGAUGAGGCAAGCGAGGAUGUGUGUGGCGCCGUGGUCAACGUUAGACCCAAAGGGGACAAAAUAUCCAUCUGGACGAGUAACUGUCAAAACAGGGACGCCAUCAUGACGAUAGGGCAACAAUAUAAGGACCUUCUGAAGAUCCCCAUCAAAGCCAUGCUGGGUUACCAGUCACACGACGACACGUCCAGCAAGAGCGGCUCCACUACCAAGAACAUGUACUCAGUUUGAAACACUCAAAUUAUUUCAACUGGCUGUAGAUUUUAAAACAGUUGCAAGCCCACAUCAUCACAUAUAACAUUUUCAGUUGUCAAUUACUGUAGUAAUGUACACUUUUUUUUUUAGCCGCAAACAAGGUCGGUUUAAACCGCGAUGGCUCCAAAUCAAGUAUUUUUGGCCGUCCCAUAUGAAUGAGCGAGAGAACACAAUUGCCUUUUAACGUUGAAGAGAUUAACAGCAGAGUCCUACCCUAGAAUAGCUGACUACUUGUUCUGUUUGGUUUGCAGCUGGUGGAAAAAACAACAAUCUUGCUACCCUGGAGGGUGUUUUCUCACACUGUCAAAAUUGUAUGCAAAAAAAUUGAAGGGCAGUUUUAACUUGAUUAAUCCUCUGAAGUAGUGUUCAAAUAAAAAAAGUGCCCAUCUUUCAGACAUGCCAGCUUAAAGAAUCUACAGUAUUUUUAGGAACUUCUAAAAGCUGUGGCCACAUCCAAGUCAGUCAGGGUAUUAAAUUUAAGGCCACUUAUUCUUUCAGCCAUGCUGGAAUUGUGGAUUAUUGCUUGUACUUUUUGACGUUUGUCCCCCUUACAUUUAUUUAUAGUGUAUGCUUUGCAGUUGAAAUACUUGGUAAAAAAGACAAUGGUAAAAAGAAAUGGGUCUUUUCCCUCCCCUCUUUUGUUAAGGUUAAAAAUGUGGACUACUACAUAUUGAUGACAUUUUUUUUUCUUUUUUACAGUGUACCGUACAGUAAAGAUACUGACAGAACGAUGUAUUCUUUUCACUGUUCUCUUCCUAACAACCUGUAGAUAAUAACACACUCCUAUUGAUGCAAGUUACAGAUAAUACUUACUGUGGAGAAAAAAUACAAUUGCGCAUAGUGUAUCUUUAUCUGUUAUCCCAAGAUGUAUAUUACCUUUCAAGUAAAGUUUAAGUGCUUUGCAUUAAA